CGCGCCUCCCGCUCUCCCCCCGAGCGAGGCCGCGAGGCGGGCGCGGGUCUGACGAGGGCCGCCCAAAGAACCCGCCUCCCCCGGCUGACGUGACUUAGAGCCCGCGCGGGCGAAUAUUUUCUCCUGCCCUUUGGCGCCACCUAGUGGUGCCCGCCCCGCGUCGCGGCGGUCCCACUGCCGGAGCACGUCAUGGAGACGGAAGCGGCGGUUGAUGGCUCGAAGGAGGCUGCAUUGGCGGGGUCUAUCGCAGGGCUAACGGAGUCUUUCAUAUCUCUGGAAAAGGCAAGGGAGAGCGAAAGCUCGGUGGAGUCCGCUACAGCAACGCUUUCCUUCCCAGCCCCGGAGAAUGGCGGCGACUGCGCAGACGGGCUCUGGGAGCUGCCGGUAGAGCAAGCCUUGAGGAGGCCGGAAUGCAGCCGCUGCAGCCGUCCCCAGAAGGUCUGCUUAUGUCCAUUUUUGCCAGUACAUCCUCUACAUAUCUCUACCAACCUAUAUAUAAUUCAGCAUCCAGCAGAGGAAAACAAAGUAUUACGAACAGUACCUCUGCUUGCUGCAUGCCUUCCCCAGGACAAGGUUAAGGUCAAGAUUGGUCGACGCUUCAGUGAAGAAAGAGAUCCUGAACUUUCAGCUAUUUGCCGAAAUCCUGGCACAUUAAUUUUGUAUCCUGGUGCUGAAGCAAUUAAUUUGGAAGAAUUGAUAUCUAAUUCUCCUAAUCAUCUUUCUACUAUCAUCAUCAUUGAUGGGACUUGGAGCCAGGCUAAAGAUAUUUUCUACAAGAAUUCCCUGUUUCGACUUCCUAGACAGGUACAAUUAAAAACCAGUGUUUCUAGUCAAUAUGUGAUUCGGACACAACCAACCAAUAGGUGCCUCUCUACACUAGAAUGUGCAGCUGUUGCACUUUCUAUCUUGGAGAAAAAUGAUCACAUUCAAGAGACAUUGCUUCGACCCCUUCAAGCUUUGUGUUCUUUCCAGCUUCAGCAUGGUGCUCAGAUUCGUCUCAGCAAGGAACACCUCUUGAAAAAUGGUCUAUAUCCUAAGCCCAUGCCAAAGAAUAAACGCAAACUAAGGAAAAUGGAGCUCUUAAUGAAUAGUGUUAAAAUUUAGGAAAUUAUUCUUGUGGUAUUAGUAUAUAUAUAUAAAAUAUUCAAUUGCAACUUAUAACACCAAGCUAAUUUUUCAGCCUACAAAUAACUCUGUGAAUUGUUGACUGAGACAAAAAAAAAAAACUUAAGAGAAAUUAUAUAAGAAGAAUCUUUUCCAGAGUUGGAAAAUGAAAGUUAUUGUUUUUUUUUUUAAAAGAAAAAUGAUAACAAAAUUUAAAAGCAUGAUUUUAAUUUUCAAAAAUGUCUAUUAAUUUUUGUAUCUCCUGAAAUGAAAAACAGUUAAUUGCUGUUCUAGAUUGACAAUGUCCAUUCAAGGAAUUACCUUUAUAAAGAGAGGAAAAUUCUUACAACUAACUUAAGCAAUAUUGUUUUAGAUACUGUAUAAUAUUUGGUAAAGAUUCCGCAGUAGGGAAGGCCUGCAUCAAUUUUCCAGUUUUGUACAGGAACUUUAUAGAUGUUGGUCAAUAGCUUAAAAACAAACAAAAUCAAGUAAAUUAUAGCAUAUUAAAAUCUGGGUAUUUUUAUUUUAAUAACAAUUCUAACAGAGUAAGGAAAUUUCAUUUUCCUGCUAAAUUUAGAUACAAUUAAUAGUGGGAUAUAAGUACUUUAAUAUUGGUAGAGACUUCAAUUUCAUAUUUUAGGGGUUGCAUAUAGUUUGGAAAAUUAAUGUACAUUUUUAGUUGUCAUUUUCAGGGAGAGUUUCUCUUUUUCAGUUUUUAGAUUUGUUAAUUAACCUUAGGCCAUGUUUUGUAAAGUUUUCAUAAGUAAGAAAAGUGUCUAUGCCAUUUUAAUGGAAUAACAUGAAUGUCUUUAGGAGCAUUGGCAUAUAAAGGAUCAACUUUUUCAAAAAUCUAAGAGGGAACUCUCUGUAGAAAGAAGUGAAAUUCUACCACUUUGGAAAAACAUGUAUGAAAUUUCAUAGAGAAUGUUUGAACUUCAUAUUUUGUGAAUUAAAUACAUCCUUUAGAUAGGCCUUUAAAAGAAAUAUUUUUGUGUAAAUUUAUGUUUAAUUUAAAUCAUAUGCACAAAUAUGAUUUGACAAUAAAACAAAAUUGCGUUUCCUUA